CCAUGUCUCGUUUGCUGGGGAGAAGCCAAUUCAGCAGCUGCUAAGCGCCGGCGAGCAAUGCCAUGCACACGAGGUCACAAAAAGACCUCGUUGGUUACCUGCUUCCUUGACCGCCUCUUCGGCGACCCCCCCCCCCCCCCCCCCCCCCGUGUUUCUCAAAUAUGUGAUUCGUGCGAAAUAUAUCCUUUACCUGCGCGACGUUGUUAUUUCUUUGGCUCCCAAACGAUGUCAACGGCAAGGAAAGGGAAAGGUUGGUGUGCCGCGAAGUGGACGAGUCGGCGUGUGAAAGGGUUUGGAACGCAGCCCUCGCUCUGUUGCUAGGAGGCGCUGUUGUAGCCCGGAAGAGGGAGGCCACCUCGACGGCCGUGAUGGGCGAGCCGGGACGACGACGAGGACGGACGGACGCCAGAUUCGGACGGACCGCCGCCGCUUUGGGCGUUUUGUUUGCGCGUGUGACAGAGAGCAACACAAGCAAGAGCGCAGCGGGGAGGAGCGGAAACGUCGCGAUUUCUUCCCUGCCGCGAUGGAGAGAGGCUGCAUCGGCUGUGUCAUGUGAACAUCUCGAGAUAGCAACACCGUAUCGAAACGUGCCACUUUCCCUUGGUUCAUUGCUAUCGAAUGAGAGUCUCAUUGGCCUUGCUCACGUCACGCAUUGACACGAGCGCGCGUUCAUUCCGACGGCGGCCAUGUGGAUGGAAAGCUACGAGGAAUUCUGCCUCCGAAGUGUGGCCGCGCUGCAAGAGGACAGAAGAUUCAAGAGGGCCACGCGGGAGCCCAUCGCCAUGUAUUCGUCGGUCAUCGUCUCCUGUGGGAAAGCCGCCCUGUCUCCCCUGUUGAAUGCGGAGCAGCGGCAACAGAUGCGCGAGCUCCGACGGAGGGCGGCCCGGCUGGAAAUGGAUCGGCACAACCAGCGGGGGCGCCAGCCCUCGGCCCAAAUUCGAAACCCAGCGGUGAUCCGCGCGGGCUGCGGUCCGGUUCCGCUGGAAAAGGAAACCCAAAACGGCAACCAAUCAGCUUGCGAGGUCACGCCGUCCUUCCCAGCAACCACCGCGACAAAAAAACGUCUUUCACCGAGCGGCAAGGCCGAAAAGUCACCGAGCCCCAAAGCCACAACGCUCAAUGGUUACACGCUCGUCGCAGACGCCGGCCGGCCCGGAGUUCUUCUCGCCGGGGGGGAGGUGCGAAAGGGGACGGAUGAGAAGAGCGACGAGCGAGACGUGAGGGCGGAAGAGGAUGUGAAGAGGAGGCCGCAGGAGGACGUAGCGCAGGAGGCCCCGCCCGCACCUUUAGCCGAAAAAGAAAUGCGUCGUCCAAAGAGCGCUCUCGUGUUUGGCUUUAGCUUGCGCCGCAGUCCCGUCGGCCCCCCCGAGACUCCCUUCCAUCCAAAGCCGCAGCACCCCGAGAGUCCAACGCGGGUAAGCCGCGGCCCCGAGACGCCCCCGUGGCCCGGCCCCGCGGGGCAACGCGCCGACUCGCCGCCGACCUUCCGCCGGCGCUGCCACACCCUGGACGGUCAGCCGCGCGCCGACCCCAGUCAAGAGAGGACGCCGCGCUUCAUGGCGGGGGUCGUGAUGCGCGCCUCAAAUCGGCGCAGCUGGGCCGCCGCCCCCGACGAGCCCUUCCCGUCGGAGAAGCCGCGGAGGCCUCCCGUUUGCCAGCUCGGCAAAGCGCCCGACGAUCCUCAAAGGCCUCGCCAGCCCGAAACGUCGACCUUCACCUUUUGGCACGCAGACGAGAGCCAGAGGCGAGCGCGGGUUCUGGAGGACGGGCGCAGGCACCUGGAGGAGGCGCACGCCUUCCAGAUGGCGCCGCUCCUGGCCCAGCAGGAAAAAGAGCAACGCCGCCUCCGUCUGGAGCUUGAGGAGAGCGAAAGAAGAGUGCGGGAGCAGGAGAGCGUCACGCCCCAGGCCCGGGACUCUUGCCAGUGGCGGCCUGCGCCGGCGAAUGACCCACUCGCAGCCGCGAGCCCGACGGCCGGGACGGCGGGUCACCGUCAAGGGCUUCCUCGUCCCGCGGCUUCGAACGCCACAUCUCCCGGCGCACGGCCUCCCGUCCGCCUCGGAGGCCCCGCUCGCGCGGCCCACGAACCUCAGGCUCUGAAGGCGGAAAAGCAAAGAGCGUCGUGUCGCAUGGCCGCCAUCGCCCGCGGCUUCCUCGUGCGCAGACUUCUCAAAACACGCAAGGUCCAACAUCUGCGCCAGACUGUCACGGACACGCGGGAGUUCAUUCAUUGCUUCCGGACGGAAGCUUGGCAGAAGGGAGGCCUUUUGUCGGCUCAGGACCUCUCCCUGCGCGAGCGAGUCGGAGCCCAGUUGCACGCCGCCCUUGACGACAUCCACCAAAUCUUCUUUGAAAUACCCGCGGGGGAUCGAUUGGCACUGCUGCGGCAAGACCGGGAGCUCUGCGCUGAGAAGAAGCAAAGAGACGAGGAGAAAGCCAAGAAGGAAAAGGAGAGAGCGGCGCUGUCUGUCGCCACGCAAAGAUCUCUGGAGCGGAAAAAUUGGGAGGCGCGGUCACCGGGCCAGGCUGGAAAGGCCACGCCCAAGCCGAAAAGUCCCACUCCCGGCAGAGUUCCCAAGGCCAGCCAAGUCCAGAAAUGUGUUCCGAGCCAGCUGGACCGCCACGGGAGCUGGUCCAAGAAAGCCCCCGAAGCCAGAGCGAAGCGCGCGGACAACCUGAAGAAGCAGCACUCUCUGGGCUAGCGGGCGGGACAGACAUUCGUUAUCGCUCGGGUCCGCGGUAUGUCACAAAAGAUGUCGAUCCUUGUUUUUCAAAGUAAAAGCAGAAUGG